AUGUUUAGUAAGAAUACCAAUGGGGCAUCCCUUUUCAAUAAUGCUAACACUUCAACUCCAACCUCGACACCCACGCCAGCGAACAACACGCUUCAGAAACCACUAAAGGGCAACUCAAUCUUUGGUAACACAGAUUCUGGUGCCGCUGUAAGUACGCCGAGCCCUUCUGGUUCUUUAUUUGGCAGUAAUAAUAACGCUACAAAUACACAGACUGGUUCCAACAAUCUAUUUGGCACUCAGUCCAACGGUGGAACAACAGGUAGCACUAGCGGUACCUCUAAAACUUCAGGUUUCUCGUUUGGUCAGAACUCAGCUACCACUGGUGGAGGCGGACUGUUUGGAAGGAGCAACAGCGCAGGGCAGCCUUCGUCCAAUAGCAUUGGGAACAAUGCUUCUAAUCUCAGUAAGGGAACAAAUCUGUUUGGAGCAGCAUCUACUGGCCAGAACUCUGGUGGUCUUUUUUCCGCAGGUAACUCAUCGAAUGCGACAGGACUUUUUGGUAAUCAGCAAUCAUCUGUUCAACCUCAAGGAAAUAGACUUUUCAGCUCAAACGUUUCCUCUCUGUCGCAAUCCACUAAUAACGUAACACAGAUGAAUCCAGAUCCUUAUGGAAUAAACAUCACAAAUAUGCCAAUUUCAGUAUCAAAGAUGCCUGCUUCACUGACUGCUCCUUCCAAAGAUACAAGACCGCGCCUAGAUGGACCUACUGGUUCAACCGGCAGCACGGCCUCUAGCCUUACUUCAAGUAAUAGGAGGAACUAUUCUGUGUCCUCAAACAGUGUGGGUCCUUUGUCCUCGCUGCCUGCUACUUCGCAAUCUAGUCUCAUGAACAAGCUCAGCUCGAGGCUGAAAUCGACUUCCAACGUACUGACAACGCAGGGAAUCUUUUCUCCAUCUCAAGAUAGACAAUGGGCUUCUCAGGAACAUGGUGCAUCAGUUAAGAAAAGUACAAGUGAUCUCGCCAGCUCUACUUCCGGCCAUAAUAGUUUAAUUUCAAGUGAAAGUUUCACGCCUUUCUCGCUACAAAAGGCUGACAUAUCGGAUAUGCGCAAAUUGAAGAUCGAUCCCAAUAGAAGUACUGUAAAGAAGUUGAAGCUUCUCUCAGGGAAGGCUGUUGAAACCAAGAGCCACGACGAGGGUCAAAAAGGACCUGAAAGUAUAACCUCCAUUGAAAAGAAACUUGUACAAAAUGAUGACGUAAACCAUGUUUCAAAGGCCGAGACUUUGGCCAACGGAAACAAGCUGAGUAGUCAUGAAGAUGAGCAUGAUGAGGUUCUAGAAAAACAAGACUUUGAGACAGACGCAUCAGGUUACUGGUGCUCUCCGCCUCCGGAACAAUUAGUAACUUUGUCUCCAAAAGAACUUGCAGCGGUACCCAAUUUUUUGAUAGGCCGCAGAGGAUACGGGUGUAUAACCUUCGAUUACGAUGUUGAUUUGACAUCUUUUACUGAAGAUUUGAAAAAUCAACUGUUCGGAAACGCUGUCGUUUUUAACCCAAACAAGACGGUCGAAGUCUAUCCCGAUGAAUCUCACAAGCCCUCGAUUGGUUGCGGGCUGAACGUUCCGGCAACGAUCACGCUUGAAAAUGUGUAUCCUGUUGACAAGAAAACAAAAAGACAACUCAAAGAAGGGUGUAAUUUCGAUGAGGUACAGGUGCUGGUUAGAAGGCUCAAAGCAAUGAGAAGCAUGGACUUCGUCUCCUACAACCCUUUUGGAGGUGUGUGGACUUUUAAAGUCAAGCAUUUCAGUAUUUGGGGUCUGACCAAUGAGGAGGAUGCAGAAGUUGAUGAACAAGAACUGGAGUCAAGAAGGACUAAAAGCUCGGCUGACCAACAUUUCACAAUUCCAAGACAAGGACGACAACUCGCCCAAUCGAAGGCAGAUUCUCAUAAUUUUAUCCCGGGUGGGUUUGAAUUUGUUAAAAGUAAUAUCACGGCGGCAGACAUUACGCAGAAUGAUCUUAUCGAUCUUCAACAAGCUAAUCAAGUUGAUAUGAAUGCUGUAUUAGAUGCUUGCGUGGAUGAUGACUCCCUGAUAGACGAGAAACCUUAUGAGCCAGAUGUGAGAGAAUCGGAUUUUGAAGGAAUGGAAGUCGAACCAUCUUUCAGCAUAUCGAAUAAUUGGGUCGAGCAGUUAAAAUUGGCUGGCUCCAACUUACGGUCAGUAUUUGCUGAUACUUAUGAAUCUACACGUUCGGAUGACAAUGCGAUCGAGCUGCUAUUUGCGGAUUUCAACGAUAAUGUAAUGAUGGAGAAGAAAAUAGAAAAGGAGAGACGACUUGUUAAUUUUAACUUUGCUAGAUUUUCUUCUACUUGCUCGUUGUUGAUGAAGGCAGCAGAUAGGAAAAUUGGUGUUAAAAAUCACAUCCUCCCUUCAACUGCGCUGAACAACAUAAGCAUAAUGGAUGCACUAUUUUCAAAGCAUCUUAGCGUAAGUACUAUCACUGAGCGCCAAGCAAUGAAUUAUCCGCAGGUCACAGAAAAUUCUCUCCAGUUCAAGGACGUUGCAAAUUUAUGUGAGACGUCACAUCCAGAGUACACAUUAUGGGAGCUUUGCUCGGUUCUUUUCGAUGCAAUUGCACUUCCUCAUGAAGUUAAUGAUACCACCGUCCAGGAAACUCUUCUUAAAAACGAGAGACACAGAUUACUGUGCUCAUGGAUCGUUGAGCGAGUGAAAGACGAGAUCGAUGGAAAAAUACAAGCAACUACGGAUGCUCUUGAUUUGAUCUUUCUCCAUCUUUUGAAGAAUGACAUUCCUAAUGCAUCCAAAAUAGCAAUCAAAUCUCAAAAUGGUCAUCUGGCCAUUUUAAUUGCAUCGCUAGGCUCUAACGAUCCCCGUGUACGCUUUCUUGCCACUCAGGAGUUGGAAAGGUGGGGUACUGGUGGUCAAAGGGUUGAUCCCUCUAUCUCUCGCGUUUAUCAGCUGCUUACCGGUAAUGGUAUCGAGGCUAGCCAUCUAGCCAAAAUGGCAGGUAUGCAAGAUAUCAGCUGGCUUGCAUUAUUAGGUGCCAACUUGUACUAUGGGAAGAUUGACGAGCUAUCGUUGGAAGGUCUCAUCAGUAUUGCCACUAAAACAAUUGCUCCAGUUGAAGAUGACUAUAAAUCAAUAAUUUUCAAGUUAUACAGUGCUCAGAACUCGGCUGAUAAUAUCCUUCUCCAAGAAAUAAAAAGGACCACGUCUGUGUUGGAUCAUAGUUUCCUGUGGUAUUUUGCUCAGAUAAUGAGAUUUAACAAGCUAGACAACCUCUCUGACUAUGUUUGUGAUAAACUCACAUGCGACUUUAUCGGUCAACUCAGACUCGCUCAACUUUACAAGGAAGGCUUGUUUGCUGCGUGCUUUAUUACCAAUGACUUUGCUGCCAAACAACAGAUCGAUUCGAUUGUAUAUCAUGAAAUUUCGCAUUUCAGCAGUGGACCUAAUGAAGUUAUCCUAGAAAAAUUGAAAGUGCCAUCAAGUUUGAUUUUUAAGGCGAAAGCCCUAAGGGACAAAUAUGAGAAUGAUCACCUUUCAGAAGCUCAAAACCUUUUGAAAGCACACGCUUUCGAAGAAGCAGAGAAAGUCAUCGUAACGUAUGUGGGUCCCAGAUUGAUCAUCAGUGGAAUAAAGGAAAAUCGAAAUGACUUGGUUCUAUUGCGCAGCUUAUUAUCGAAGUUUCCAAUUUCUGAAAUGCAAACCUGGUCUAAAGGACUGGCAGUCUAUGACAAUUACCUAAAAUUGAAGUUCGACUCGACCGGUAGCAACGAGGUUCUGAAUCCAUUGAUCAGUGGACUAAGAACACUUUUUGAUGCGAACAAAGGUCAUACGGAGAUACUCGUUUGUUGCAACAUCAUUUCACAGGAGAUAAUUUUGCGUGUACAAAAUACUCAUCAAAAUCUGGACAAUGCCCAAAAGCAAAAACUACUAAAACUGCCACUUGGUCAACCAGAAAGAGUGUAUUUAAAGGGUUGUUGGACCUAA